CGAGAGGCGGCGGUUUCCCGCCCAAAGCGAGCUCGUGGCAGGGGAGGGUUUCUCCUUUGGAGGGAAAGGAGGAGCGCAGCCCUGAGGAGCUCGUCGUUAUUUUUUAAUUUUAAUCCAAUUUUAAUCGACAGAAAGGGGAGACAUUCGAAGCUGUGUGUGCCCUGAGAGCCUUGUAACCAUAAGCAUCGCCAUCAAAAAACACAUGGGGGGGGGCUUCUCCUUUAAGCCCCCAGAGAAGGUUCAUGAGGGAAAGAAGCACCUCCACCCCCCCUUUUUUUGGCUUUUAAAGGAGUUUUUUUGUGUCCUCCUCACUACCCAUCCUUUUAAAUCACUUCAGACAAUUUCUUAACAACACUAGGUAAAAAGAAUGGCAUAUUCCAUUUCAGCACAAAAUUUUGUCGCCAUUUCGGAUCUACACCCAAACCUGGCUCGUCCUAGUAUAAUUGGUGUGGUGAUUGGGAAAACAGAUGCCAAAGGCUUUCCAGACAGAAAAAAUAUUGGAUCAGAAAGGUACACAUUUGGCUUCACUGUCCGCGAUUCGCCCUCUUACUUCAUAAACGUACAUUCCUGGGGAAGAGAGGACUACAUUAAAUCUCUUUCAGAGAGCUUUAGAGUUGGUGAUUGUGUUGUAAUUGAAAAUCCUUUACUACAAACAAAGGAAGUUGAGAAGGAUGAGAAAUUCAGUCCUUCGACUCCUAGCUGCUACAAGCUACUGCUCAGUGAGAAUCAUUCCACUGUCAAAAUCUGCACCCACAAUGAAGUGGACGCCAAACUGCUAUCCCUGUUGAAACUACCUGUGAAGAACCCUCAAGAUUUUUACUCUCUAGAGGACAUUGUGGCCAAUGGGCAGAGCCUGGAUGGAAAAAUCAUUAACGUUCUUGCAGCUAUUAAGUCAGUUGGUGAACCAAAAUACUUCACAACUUCAGACAGACGGAAAGGCCACAGAUGUGAAGUAAGACUGUUUGAUGAAACGGAGUCUUCCUUUGCAAUGAUAUGCUGGGAUAACGAAUCCAUCCAGCUUGCACAGAGCUGGGUGCCUCGUGAAACAGUGAUAUUUGCAUCAGAUGUAAGAAUAAACUUUGACAAAUUUCGAAACUGCAUGGUGGCAACUGUAAUUUCAAAAACCAUCAUUACAACUAAUCCUGACACCCCGAAAGCACGUGUUCUACUCAACUUUAUAAAAGAAAAUGCAGAAAUGUUAGAUUUGGAUGACGACAUGGGAGAUGAACUCAGAGAGUCAAUAAACUUACAGACAAUACUUGGUGUUUAUACAGUGGAGAAAAUAAAGAUGGAAGCUUUGGAGAAUGAGGGAAAAACAGAACCUUUCUAUGGCAUUGUUUUUGCCUACAUUUCAACACUGAAUAUUGAUAACGAAACCACUAAAAUAAUACGAAACAGAUGUGCCAAGUGCCGCUAUGUGGUCAACGAAAGUACAGAUACCUGCUCUUUCUGUAGCAGUCUCUCCUCUUCAGAAGCCACGCCUGUUUUUCCCAGCUUUGAUUUACUAGUUGAUCUGACAGACCACACAGGCACGCUUCAUUCUUGCAGGCUCUCAGACACAGUAGCUGAAGAAGCUUUAGGUUGCACGGUCCAGGAGUUCCAGGCUCUGACGGAGUCUCAAAAGACUGGCCUAAAAUGGCACCUUCUUCUUGAACGCAGUAAAAUUCACUUUAAAGUUAAUUUUUCAGCCAACUCAUGGACUGGACUGAGAGUGAGUUUGCUUUCUUGCAAACUAGCAGAUCCUGUUGAGGCCAGCCUAAAUUUGCUUGAAAAGGCAAAAUAAAUACAGCACCUAGCUUCAAAAUAGCUGUAAGCACAUGAGAGUGGAUCUUCAGAAGCUUCCUCCUCAUUGCAAAAGUGGUAAAAAGCGCAUUUUGAUCAAAACUUAAUUUUUGCAAGUGUGUCAUUGUUUUAAAGAACAGCUUAGCUUAAUGACUUUCCAAAAUGUAAGUAUACACCCUCCUUUGAAUGAAAAGCAAAGUUUCUUUCCAAGUAUAAUAAUUUGAGAUAUAUAUUUUAUAAUUUAAUGUCAAGUUAAUGGCCUUAAACAAGGAUAUUAAAGUGGUGUUUUGUGGUGAGCAUCGAUCUGCUAUCUGAAAGAGAAAGCUCUCACAGCAGGCCCAACCUGAAAUCUCAACACCUGCCCCUAACUUACUGGAUGGGCAAAGCCAUGGCUCCAUUUUUCCCCUCCUGCUCCCCAGGGGAAUUUUUGCCUUGGACAGAUAAUACUGCCCAGCUCUGAAGGGCUGUUGUGAAGAUUUCAGCCUCUA